GUGGUGGGUACGGUUUCAACAACUGGUAGGAGGCUAAUGUUGGCCUGAGAAGCUGCUGUCUGCCCUCUUGAUGUAGUGCAUUAUUACAUUGCCAGUGUAGGUUACUGCAUGCAACCUUUCGAAAACAAUUUGCUACGUUUUUAUUUUGGCAUUGUCCGCAAACGACCAGCACUGGUCCCAUAGAGCAGCAGGACAAUGUCGAACCGCCUGGCGUUUCAGACGCAGCUAGCCUCCAUUAUGGAGGUCUUGGCUAAUGCAGCGGUGGCAGAGAUUUGUAAGCUUGUAGACGACGAUUUCGCCGUAAUUAACUUGCAAAUGUCCCAGUGCCAAAGAGAAAACAAAACUCUUAAAAGGAAGCUGCAUUUACUAGAAUUGAAAAUGGCGCGGGGUUAUGCCGAGAGGAGAAUACGUGAAAGCGCGAUGAACCAUCGCUCGAACAAGAUUCACAUAAAUGCAAACAUAAACAUCACGGAUAAGUACAGAGAACCUAUGGGUGACCACCUUACGCCCGGUGGAAGUCAUGGAAGACAGAUUAAUAUCGGCCUGUGGGGAGAUGGCUUGACCCCUGAAGGAGAUGAAAGUCGCCAUCGUUUAUCAGCUGAACAUGUGCGUGAAGAGAUGACUAAGGCAGACCUGGUACAUGUCAAACAAGAGAGGUUAGAAAGCGACUCACGGAGUCUACAUAUCAGAGAAGACGGCUCUGUCGUGGCUGGCCGGGCGUCAUCAGAUUUUGAAGAAAGCCGGAUUCCACCAUCCAGGACCUCAGAAGGGCAUCCACCGAAUAGCAGCAGGAGCGAACAAGGCAACGUGGAGGCGGAAGAUUUGGAGGAAGGAGAGCCGGAUGUGCUCUUUAUUAAAGAAGAGAGCCCAGAAGAUGACCAGGAGGGUAAUAGGAGAGGGCUUAGUGUACAAGAGGGAGUGGUGGAGUCCAGCACUGGGGACUCGGGAGCAGAGCACGCCUCAAUGGAGUCACAAGUGUCACCGGCCGAGAUCAGUUCAUUGGAGUCUGGGAAGCGGGAGCUGCCCAAAGAAGAGGAAAAACUUGGGGUAGAGGCUGCUAACAUUGCCCCACCAGCAGGAGCGCAAGUCAGAGCAGAAGGCUUUGAGGACUCUGUAGUGUUCAGAGAAACCGGAGGAACACAAGCGCAGCAGAAACAGCUGCCCCCAAAAUGUACCACAGCGGUCUCGUCUGGCACUAUCUGGGACCUGACGGGCGCCGAUGACAUGCCAGAUGGGGACAACAUUCAGAGUCAUGCAGCAGCCCAGGGCUUGGAGAGAGACGGCAGCGGUGCAGAGGUGGAGUCUGACUAUGCUCUGUACGACAGGCCCAUGGAGCUGGACAGUCUGUUCUCCUGCUGGGCCACAGAGGACCAAGCUGAGCCGGGUCAGCCCUCUUGUUCCUACUCCUCCACCGAGCCAGACCCGGACCAAGACCAGGACCAGGACUGCCUUCUGGUUCAUUCAGGGCCUCAGUCAAGAGCUGUGGCUGCUGUUGGUGGGGGCUCAUCAAGGGGAACUGGCAACAAUCACAAUGUAUCUUCCACAGGCGGUUCACAGAGGACCCUAAGGCCAGAGAAAGGGAUCGCAGCAGUGGGCAACAAUGCCAGACUCCCCGCAUGGCACUCGCUGGCUAUGGCGCGUGGAGAGCAGCUGCUGGCCCGACGUAGGCUUCACGCUGGCGCCGUGCGCCUGGAGACCGCCACAAGCACGUGCCCGCCUCCUUCCCAACUACAACAACAACGGGUCAGCUUAAAUCCAGUAACACCUUUUCCUAGGUUCAGCCCCUCCGCCAUAGCGGCAGCACAGGCUAGCAGCAAGUCCUUGGUUGGCCCGUCGCAGCCAGCAGCAGCACAGAUUUUAUUUCCACCCAUGGAACGGAUGAAGAGCAAAAGGUACGUGUGCCGAUUCUGUGGGAAGGCGUUCGCCGGACAGUCCAACCUGGAGGCGCACCAGCGCGUGCACACUGGAGAGAAGCCAUUUCGCUGUGCCACGUGUGGGAAGAUGUUUUCGGAGGCCGGCAACCUGAAGAAGCAUCAGCGCGUACACACAGGAGAGAAACCAUACACGUGUGGCCGCUGUGGAAAACGCUUCGCAUGGAUCUGCAACCUGCGCACUCAUCAGCAGUCCUCUGCAUGUGGAGGAGUGUAGCAAUAUCUAUUAGAGGGACACUGCCCAUACGGAGAAACUAACCCCUCAAGGACAAGUUACAGUAAUCAAGACUGCUUUUAGCUAUGAAGCCUGCUGUGGAAGAUGUGGGGAAGAUGCCAAACAUGGGUUCUGUUGAUCCCAUGAGAUGGUAAAAGUUCCCAUACUGAUAAAAAAAUUACCCAGGAGAGAGACCUUACAUGUGUAAGGGCGGACUCCUUUUUCAAAGACGGAGUGUAGCAGUUCCCAUCAAUCCCAGGGAAAAUGGGGAUACUGAUAAAAAUAACCCCUCAAGGACCAGUUACAGUAAUCAAGACUGCUAUUAGCUAUGAAAGCCCAACUGGGAAACUCAAACGCCCGUUGUCAUUGUGACACAGCACUCCACAGCACACAAGUGCACACUGCACUCAAGAAAAUUGCAUUUAUGCCCUCGCCCGUGCACCCGCCCCCAAUGCCGCACGAAUGGGAGCAGUACGGCGGGACGGUACCAUGCUCGGGGUACCUCAAUCAUGGUGGAGGAUGGGGGAGAGCACUGGUUAAUUACUCCCCCCACCAACCUGGCGGGUCGGGAGUCGAACCGCCAACCGGCUUUGGGAUAAAUGAAAUAACCCCUCAAGGACAAGGUACAGUAAUCAAGACUGCUUUUAGCUAUGAAGCCUGCUGUGGAAGAUGUAAGGAAGAUGACAAAUAUGGGUUCUGUUUAUCACCUAUAAAUAAAAGCG